AUGAACCGGAAAAAACUAAAUCGUUACCAAAUCAGGAAAGCCAAAUUCUCCCAGGGUCCUCUCCACAAAAAAAAAAAAAAAAAAAAAAAAACCCUCUGGUUUCGGUACUCCGCUACAAUGCCGGACUCAAUCCUAUAUUACCAUAAUACCCUCUUCCUUUUCAUUAUUUUCACUUUGGUCCCUCUUCCCCUCUCUCUCAUCGAGCUCUGCUUUCCCUCGUUUUUAUCGAAGUACAAGAUCCAGCCAAAGGUUUGGCUAACGCCGGCGAAGUUUCUGGAGUGUUAUAAGAAUGUGAUGAAGGUCUUCUUUCUCGUUGUUUGCCCGCUUCAGUUGAUGUCGUAUCCUACAGUAAAGUUAAUAGGAAUAAGGGCAGGAUUGCCAUUGCCAUCAUUAUGGGAAGUGGGAGUGCAAUUGCUUGUAUACUUCUUGAUAGAGGAUUAUGGGAAUUAUUGGCUCCAUAGAUGGCUUCAUGGAAAAUGGGGGUAUGAGAACAUUCACAAGGUUCAUCAUGAAUUCACAGCCCCCAUUGGCUUCGCUGCGCCUUAUGCGCAUUGGUCUGAGGUGCUAAUUCUUGGAAUUCCAACGUUUGUGGGUCCAGCGCUUGUGCCGGGUCAUAUGAUAACAUUGUGGCUCUGGAUUGCACUUCGGCAGAUUGAAGCACUCGACACUCACAGCGGGUAUGAUUUACCUCUGAGUUUUACGAAAUUCAUUCCCUUCUAUGGAGGUGCAGAGUAUCAUGAUUAUCAUCAUUAUGUUGGAGGCCAAAGCCAGAGUAACUUUGCAUCUGUGUUUACAUAUUGUGACUACUUGUAUGGUACUGAUAAGGGCUACAGGUAUCAGAAGGCUCACCUUGCAAAGUUGAAGGAGCAAUGGGCCUUGGGUGAUCAAAAUGGAGUAAGCGAUUUGAAGAGCAACCAGAAGUCUGAGUAAAAAGGUUUUGUAGUUGCUCGCUUCAAAAGUUUUUGUGAGGCAGCGGAUGGAUCUCGUACCUUCAGCUCUCUACAUGAUUUUCCUGUGCAGAAUGUUUGCUUUCUUUCAGGUGCAUAGAAUGGCAUUGGGAUGAUAUCUGGACUCUGGAGAAUGUUUCUGUAUUUUUUAGGCCUCAAUUGGUGAUUUUGAUAUACAGUUAAGGGUGUUUCUUUGUAUGGGCAGAUAUCUUUGUCUUUUCAGAGUGUUACUAUUGUUGGAUUUAAUCUAAUAAAUCUAUUUGUGGACACAUAUGAUUAAUCAA